ACACACCAUGCAUACAGGCUGGAUCUCAACAUGUAGUUCAUGUGCCUUCACUUUUAUGCAGUAUAAUGUCUUUUUGACUGAUUUAUUUUCAUAUUUUCAAAAGCUGACACACACUUGAACUAAUGGCUGACAUCUUAAAUCUGGAAAAUGAAUCAGAUCUGCAGGAUCAAAUUGAAGAGGUUGAGGCUCUGUCUUCCAUCUACGGGGAUGAAUGGUGUGUUAUAGAUGAAGCAUCCAGAAUAUUUUGCAUCAAAAUAUCCAACGACUUGGAGGAGACAAAACUGACCGCCUGUUUGCAGAUAAUUCUCCCACCUGAUUAUCCCAGCGCCGCCCCGCCCAUCUACCAGAUCAAUGCGGCGUGGUUGCGCGGCCCCGAGAGGACCAAAUUGGCAAACAGCCUGGAAGACCUCUACGUGGAGCAUGUUGGGGAGAGCAUCCUCUACCUGUGGGUGGAAAAGAUAAGAGAAUUCCUAGUGGAGAAAUCCCAGAGCUCAGAAACAGUUGAUCAACCAGAGAAGGUGAACAUGACGGCUGAGGAGGAGGUGGAUGAUGAUGAUGAUGAUGAAGACGUACCAGACUUCACGACUCUCAAGCUGAACACAGAAAACGCUCAUCUGUUCAUGGAUCAUGCAAACGAUGAAGAGGUGCCUCCUAUAAAACAUGGAAACACCAUCACAGACCGACGCAGCACCUUCCAGCCUCACUUAGCACCUGUGGUGACACCCAGACAGGUUAAAAUGGUCCUCGGGAAGCUGUAUGAGAACAAGAAGAUUGCUAGUGCCACUCAUAAUAUUUAUGCAUACAGGAUUUACUGCGAGGACAAGCACAGCUUCCUGCAGGACUGUGAGGACGACGGCGAGACGGCCGCGGGGGGGAGACUGCUCCAUUUGCUGCAGAUCCUGGACGUGCGUGAUGUUGUGGUGGUCGUGUCUCGGUGGUACGGAGGUAUUCUGUUGGGUCCUGACCGCUUCAAACACAUCAACAACUGUGCCAGAAACAUCCUGGUCGAGGAGGGAUACACGGCCUCCGCGGAUGAGGCCACCAAAUCCACAGCGAAGACCAAAAGGCCAAAAAGCAAGAAGACAAAAUGAAUUUCAUUAGAAGAAAAAAAAAGACUUUUUCACAGUGUUGGAAAAAGAUUGUUUUUAGCCGAUUCAGAUGUGUCUUAAUAGAGACAAACAGGGAUUUCAUGCAAAUACAAAUAAUUUAUUAAAAAUGACGACGGUAUUAAAA